UUCCCGCCAAUUUGCUGCAGACAAUUAGGCACUUUCCCUCGCUUCCCCUUUCGCCCUAACCGCUCUGCUCUCUCUCUCACCCAGUAUCACCAUUCCAGACACUCGUUCGCACGCUGAAGAUCAUGGCUUCCGAUUCUUCUCCUGUCAACACGCACGACGGUCCGUCGUCUCCGGAUGCGUGGCCGACGAGCCCAGUCAGCAACACAGUAUCAUCUCCUGGAGAGCGCUCGCGCCGGAAACGUGGCCGUCAUUCCAGCUACGCUACGCCGUCACCGAUGCCGUCAGGUUCGCGUGUCAGAACACCCGAGGCAACUCCAACGCCCUCUAGUAACGCUCGACGUCGUGGCCGAGGUAGGAGGCAGUCGACCACCCCUACUGCUGGUGCCACGCCGACCUCGAAUGAUGAUGUCCCGCCGUCUUCAGAUGCUGGUGAAGGGAAUGAGGAUGAGCCUCCGGUAGUGUACGUUUGGGGCACGAAUAUUAGCGUGCAAGAUGUUAAUGCGGCAAUUUUGAGGUUCUUGAGGCAUUUCAGGGAAGAUCCUCAGCAAAUUGAGGGGAAAUAUAUGAGAAUGAUUAAUCAUGUAAUUGAAAUGGAGGGUGAUUCGCUUGAUGUUGAUGCACAAGAUGUGUAUGAUUACGAUAGUGACCUGUAUACUAAAAUGGUUAGGUAUCCUCUUGAGGUGCUAGCUAUAUUUGAUAUGGUAUUGAUGGACAUGGUGGGGAGAAUCAAUCCUUUAUUCGAGAAGCACAUACAAGCCAGGAUAUUUAAUCUUAGGAGUUCAACUUCAAUGAGAAAUCUUAACCCCUCUGAUGUUGAAAAGAUGGUUUCUUUGAAAGGGAUGAUUAUUCGUUGUAGCUCCAUUAUACCUGAGAUCAGAGAAGCCGUAUUUAGAUGCCUGGUCUGUGGUUAUUACUCUGACCCAAUUGUUGUUGAAAGAGGAAGAAUCAACGAGCCAACAGUUUGUGCGAAGCAAGAAUGUCUCUCCAAAAACUCCAUGACCCUUGUUCACAAUAGGUGCAGAUUUGCUGAUAAGCAAGUUGUGAGAGUCCAAGAGACGCCAGAUGACAUCCCGGAUGGAGGAACACCACACACUGUGACAUUGUUAAUGCACGACAAGUUGGUUGAUGCUGGCAAGCCCGGCGACAGGGUAGAGGUUACGGGAAUUUACAGGGCUAUGAGUGUCAGAGUUGGUCAGACGCAGAGGACAGUGAAGUCAAUUUUCAAGACUUACAUUGAUUGUCUUCAUCUAAAGACAACGGAUAAGUCAAGAAUGGAUGUACAGGAUCCAAUGGAAACUGAAAAUGGAGCAAGCCAGGGGGAUGAUGAUUCAACUCAGAAAUAUGAAAUCAAUGUGGAACAAUUAAAAGAACUAUCCAGACAGCCUGAUAUAUAUGAGAAGUUGACUAGAUCUUUGGCGCCAAACAUAUGGGAGUUGGAUGACGUAAAGAGAGGCCUUCUUUGCCAGCUUUUUGGAGGGAAUGCAUUGAAGUUGCCAUCUGGUGCUAGCUUCAGAGGUGAUAUAAAUAUUCUCCUUGUUGGGGAUCCUGGAACCAGCAAAUCGCAGCUUCUCCAGUACAUUCAUAAGCUCUCUCCUCGUGGUAUAUACACCAGUGGGAGAGGAAGCUCUGCUGUGGGGCUAACUGCUUAUGUGGCCAAGGAUCCUGAGACUGGUGAAACAGUCCUGGAGAGUGGAGCCUUGGUUUUGAGUGACAGAGGCAUCUGUUGUAUUGAUGAAUUCGACAAAAUGUCUGACAAUGCAAGAAGCAUGUUGCAUGAGGUGAUGGAGCAGCAAACUGUAUCAAUUGCGAAGGCAGGAAUAAUUGUUGGAGAUAAGCGAGGCUGA